CAUUUUUGCAUCGAACCGGUUGCAAUUCGGGACCGGCACUGGAAACGGGAGAACGACAGAGAUGGCCUACAUCCGACGUAGCGCCACCGUUUAAUUGAAUCAGCGCGAAUUUCAAUUGAUCGCGGACAACAAUGUGGUGGAAUGUCCAAGCGCUGACGUGACUUCCCUCCCAGCGACCCAUUUUGGCACAGGCCGAUACUGUAUCAUUAGGGAAUCGAUUUUUGGCACGACGAUAAUUUUCGCAACAUAUCGGAGCGACACAAUCUAAACCCGAGCGUUCGAUUGCGGCCGCUACAGUUGUGAACGAUCGUUGGUGCUGUGCGGAGUUUCAGUUCUCGGUUUGUACGAUCUGACGUUACGGAAAACAAGAUGGUCUCCUCGGGUGUUUGUAUACUGCUGCUGCUUGCGAGUCUUCAACUCGCGCUAACUGCACCGACCCGGCGGAAACAAGACUCCGAUGUUCUUGGAUGUUCACGAAGUUCACCGGAUUUGGAUGACUGCGUUACAAACUCUAUUCAGCAUUUCUUCAACUUCAUGGCUAGUGGGAAGAUAACGCCAAAGAUUUCCGUCACACCAUUCGAUCCUCUGUUGCUGCCAAACAUGACAAUUAGUCAAGAGGCAAAGGGAUUUAGGGCAGUUUACAACAACCGGUAUUUGAUAGGCUUGAAGAAUAGUUUUGUCCAAGAUACCAGUCUCGAUUUGGACAAAAUGGAACUUACUCUUACCCUGUUGAUGCCCGCAUUGGAACUGCUUGGUAUGUACUCAGCGGAAUCACUCGAGCAACACGAAGAAUCUGAGAACUCAAUUCUAACGAUCUCUAUCAGAAGCUCGACAGUAAAGUUCUUGGCGAAGGGCGAAAUCAAAAAAACUCCUACCGGCGUUGAACACCUUCAGCUUAAUCUAACAGAAUCCGACCUGGCGAUGGGUCCUUACGUUAUCAACGACCUGGACCAUACCACCCACAUUCCCCAAGUGAAUCGGCACUUCAACAGCAUACCACGGGUUGACUUUAUUAGAUUAAUAGAAAAAGAUCUACGAGUACAGCUUAGCUCCCGGCUGCAGUUUGUUGCCAACGAAGUGUUAGCGUUGGCACCGUUUCAAAGGUUUUUCCCUGUAUGAUCGCGAGUGGACUGAACAAUAAAACAAAAUAAGCUAAGAUGCUAAGACACGAA